AUGGCUCCCAAGCAAGGAGGGGCUGGCAGUCAGUCAUCGCAGAAGGGCGGCUCCGGAAAGGGCAAAGAGAAAGCGGACAACCCGCAGAUUACAAAGAUCGAAUUUGGAUUGCCUCCUUCGAUGGUUCAAUCCUUACAAUCGAUCGCGACCAGGGCUACACAGGAUUUGUGGAGCCAGACUGCCUUUACUGCCGAGAACGCCACCGUCGAACAGUUAGCUCAGCGAAGUGCAAACGCCCUGGGUCGACUGUCGAAGCGGUUGAACGGCAACGUCCGUGCCAAGAAGGACCUCCAGGAUGCGCUGCUGGCAUGGCUGUCUACAAUGGGACAGCAUCUUUUGGGCCUUGCCCACCGUGUAGAUGCUCUCAGCAGGAAAGUGGACGAGGAUACAGUCGCUGCAGUGGAAGAAAUGCGCCAAGUCAUGGCGGCACAACCCUCCGUGACCACGGAGGAGCAGCUCGACCGUGCGAUCCAGUCUUUGGGGCCAGUUUGGUCCGAGGGCCAAGUGGUGGAGGUUCAGCGUUUGGCAGCAGCUCUUCGAGCCUUCUCCACGACCCAGGCCGUGCCUUCGGGGACUCAGGUUCCAGCGCAAGGGCUUGCAGGUGUGCACAGAGGUGGCAACUUUCUAGGGAUGCAAGCUGCAGCAGGACCCUCUUCGGAUGUCCCUAUGCUUUCUGCCCCUCAGCAGCCCGCUGGAGACCUCGCUGCCGACCACAGCUCGGAGAUGAGUUUUGGGCCCUCGGUCAACACAUCAAGCCAGGUCCCUUCCGGAAUGGAAGGCCAGCGAAGUGGCCGAUGGCGGAAGCGCAGCGGAGGCAAUGUCGACCGGCCCUCCAAAAGCCCGCGUCGGGACAUGGAGAGUGCACCGUGGCCUGGAGAAGCCACAGGACGCACCCCCGAAGGCCUCAAACGCGAUGCACAGACCGCUGUUGCCGACGACGACCCAGAAUUACUGCCGGCCACUGCAACAGCAAGUGCCUGGGUUGUGUCAUGGUUGGCUCUCCUUCGCUUCGCUGUGGACAGUGGAGCCGACUUGGUGGGCGAAGUCGGCCGCUGCCCCCAGCAAGACCAGGCCAUGCAGCUCACUCUGGAUGCUCAGGCGCAGGAUGUGGUUCUACGCACUGCCGAAUCGGUCUGGACUGCUUUGGAAAAUGCGGUGGCGGACCCGGCUCAUGCCGACCUGCAAUCGCUCUUUCUAUCCCUGCAGGGAUUUCUGCACAGUGUACGGGGAUGCGCCAAUGCUCUGCCACAGGUUCGUCAGGGACUGCUGGUGGCCGCGCUCCUGUCCAAUGGGAACCUCAGGGACCCGUUUGCAUAUGCCCCCUCCACUGCUCAAGAAUGGUUGUUUCCAGACCUUCUCUUGGAAGCAGGGGUGCCAUUGCGCGGGUUUGUGGCAAAGGAUGCUUCAAUGGAUGCACAUGUUCAAGCCAGUUGGAUCAGACACCUGCCAGAACGAGCUCGAGUGACCUCUGAUGAUGUCGCGCAGCAAUGGCUUUCCGGCACAGCUGUCCCAGCGGGCUGUGGUAACAGGGACUUCGUUUGGUCGAAAGCAAUGUGGCCCUACUUGGGCACACAGACACUGGCAGCAUUGCUCCUCAUUUGCCUCGGCCUGCACGUGACGCUGCUGCUGCUGUACUUCUCAGUUGCUGAUGGGGCUACUCUUAACCUUGGGGCUGCGGUUGUCUCUUCUUGCUUCAUGCAUUCCCCUGAAGCUGUGCAGCUUCAUGCCCACGGAUUUCACGAAGGCCUGCCUGUUCUCAGUACCGGACCUGUCCUCCCCACCCCGACCGUGGAGGAGAUGUGCGAGGUCUAUCCGGUUGGGCGUACAGGGAACCUGCUUCUUCCACGCGCAGAUCGGAACAGAAGGCAUCUUUCCGUCUUUGUGGGAACGCCUCCUGGCGCUCCGAUCCUGGAACCGUGUCCCAUCCCUCUCCUGGUUGAUGAAUGGUUGCAUGGUCCUCUUCUUCACGCCAGGUUGGCAGCUUCGCUGGGCUUCCCCUCGGGGGUGUUCUCUGCUUCUGCCGUCCGGGGAGUCCUCCCAGGGCUGCCAGGUGAGCAAAUUCUUCUGACCCCCGUUGCCUGCUCCUGGCGACAAGUGUGGCUGCCUGUGGAUCUGCGUCAAAUCGGAGGCCGUAUCUGUAUGCUUCAGUGCCCUCGUGUCGACCUUCUCCUUGCUCGAUGCCCGUGGGGCUGGUUGACUCUUGUGUCCCAGCCCCUUUUCUUGCAAGAUGUUGACACUCUGCAAUUCCAGCUCGGGCCGUCUACGGGAGCACUGGACUCAUCCUCUUCAUCAGAGGAGCAGGUUGGAGGCUGGGAUGGCCCGGAUACGUCGGACACCAUUUCGGCGCUACAGCAUACCCUGUUGCCUUCACCUGCCCGCGCUGCCACACUUCCAGCAUGCACGGGGAUUUCACCUGAGGCUUUUCUGGCUCCCUCAGACUUAAGUCCCCCAGAGCCGGCUGCCGAGCCCAGCUCCGACGGGUCAGCCGCGGUGUCUUCCGCUACGUGGACGCAGCACAUCCUGAUCGGCCUUUGGUUCCUUCAUGACCUUCCGCUCGGCCGCGGGGCAUUUUCUGUGUGGAGUUUUACUCCCCUACUCUUGUUAGUAUGGUCUAGCACAGCUGUUCAGACCCGUAGUGAGCCCUCUUCUCCUCAUGCCUUUGUGGUUGCAGCCUCCAGAGCCCCCGACCGUCAUGUUGCUGCCCCUGCGGGGGUCCACGCUCAUCUUCAGGCCUCUUGGCUACAAGUUGGGGACUUCGGCGACGGGACGCUGUGGCAGACGCUCCCGCUCUCAGGGGUUAGCUUCUCUAUCACUUGCCGGUUGUGGGUACCGGGCUCCUUUGUUCGCAUUGAGUUCGCCAACACAGCUAGUGCCAGAGAGUCCUCUGCGGAACUCUAUCGUCGAGCUAUCCAGCUCGGCCGCCCCCACAUCGUUGCUGCAUCUGCGGGCCCCACACUCGAUGCGGUUCACUUAGUCUCCUUGCCACCCAGGAGCUCUACGCUGACCGUUCUUUUUGAUGUUGGGGUUGAUAUAGUCUGCGUUGAGCUUCCCCUUGAUUAUUCUGCCGCACAGGUCCUGGCAGCCGCGCAAGGGGCAGCAGGUUCGACCGACAUUCAAAUCCUUAAGGGUUCGGCCCAUAGGCUUAGACAGGGCGACGUUAUUCAGGUUGUGGUUAAUUCCGCUGCCCAAACUUUUGAUGUCUCGGCCUUCACUCUGCCACACAGUGUCCCUUCGGCGUCCCGAUGGUUGCAUGAGACGCGUGUCGUCUCUCUGCUUCACUCAGGAGAAGGCGUCCUCUCCUUUGAGGUGCCUCGUGCGGCUGAUGUCGAUUCCGCCCUUCUUCACACCCUUCUGCGGCAGGUCCUGCCUGGGAAGCAUAUUUUCAUUGAGAUUCCCGAUUCCGGGGCCCUUCCCCAUGCCACGUUUGCUGCAGUAAGUUCGGGGCAAGACUGCAUCAUUUAUCGUCUUACUGACGCCUCUGUCCCGACGGCCCCUGGGCUCUUUCUUGCAUUUUCUGGAGUAUUUGACUCCUUUUCUGCCUUCUUGGAGAGUCUCCUCAGCAGUGGGCGGCCCGCCGCCGGGCUCCUCCGCAGCCUACGCACCUUUGGUCUCUGUGUGCUCACCUGGGAAUGCACCACCAUCCCUACCCGUGACGACUGCCACUUCUGGUAUGUCCAUGUACAAGCCGAUUUCGCGCGGGCGCGCCGCCACGCCGUGCAUCUCUUUGGGCACCCCCGCGCCAUUCGGCAACCUUCUGUGCUGCCCCCGCCGCGGGCGAGAGCUUUUACACAUGUGGGUGUUCAAACCACCGCCCCUUUUAUCACGGCUAGCACCCAGGCCGCUGUGUUGCAAUCACCCCCGACCUCAUGCGGGGCAGGCGUUGUGCCAGAUUCUGCGUCUGAGCUUGUUAGCCUGUGGUGUGAUUCUUGGCACAUUAAAUGUAUCGUGGCCUGCAUUCCAGGUUUCACUGUCUGGGCACUGAGGGAAGGCGGCCGCCUUGUUGGAAUGUGCACUCCUGUCCCGACCUGGGAAGCUGUUACUCGAGCACUUUCCCUCUCUCUUUGGGAACUUCCCCAGACCUUCCUCUCCGAUAACAAUCAGGUCUGGCCGUACCCUCGGGAUCUUGCGGACAUCACAAGGAAGUGCGUUAGUGUGGGCUACGAUUCGCCCGAGGGCGUUUCGCAACUGCUGCGUCACUGCACAGCAUCCUAUCCCAGCCCACCGCCUUCUCCCCCUGCCUAUCCUUCCGCUGCACUUGGCUUAGCUUGGUUUAGUAAGGGUAAGCCUUGGCUGGGGUUUCUACUCUUUGCUAUGCAAGCGGGAUCUGUGCAGCUCGCGAUCACGUCAACUGCCCUCACUUCACGAGUGGGAGCCGAUGAUCCUCUGCUUCCUCGGCGAGACUUCACGCGGACCUGCACCCUCUCCUGGACACAUGAGCUAGGGCGCCAGACUUAUGGCUUUGCUGUUGCCGCCCCUCAACUCGGCGCCUAUGUGGAAUGCACCUCGCCGUGGCCUGAGGUUCAAAUCCAUCUGUGGUUGCCGGGCCAAGGUCCGGUUCACAUGCGAGUCGGUGCCCGCCACAUGGACAUGCACCUCAGUGCCUAUUUGGGUGCUUUCUUGCCCGAUUGCGAAUACGGUCUUCAUGUUGCGUACGACUCCAACCCUCAGGUCCUAGACCUGGUCGUCGCGCCUCCUUCUCCUGUGGCGUGGUGGAUCCUGAGGGACUCUAUCGGGUGCGAGUUGCUCCGGCCGGUCAUCCAGCACUACACUUCGCACUGCUCCUUCUUCUUCUGCACAGUUGAGCCCGAUGGCGUUGUUCUUAGUGUUGAGCCCUCAGCCGAAGUCCGACAAAUGUCUCCGAGCCCGCAUGGAGCUAGAGCUUUGAUCUCGCGUGCCCUGCCCGGCCUCAUUGGUCAGGUGAUCGAUGGCACGCUGCUGAUUGUUGCAGCUAAAGCAGGGCCUUCGGUUCCUGGUUGCCUGGCAGUGCUCUUGUUCACCUAUCAUGCGGCUGCGAUGCAGCCACCGCAGGCGCAUCAAUUAGUACCGGUCGCUGAGGUUGCUCCCACACCGUCCACCAUUCGCAUCUGGACCUUAAAUGUGCCGCAGCCAGUCGACCUGCCUUGGCGUCCGCAAGGGUAUCAGACCCGCUGGCUCCGUGAGUUGAUGUGCCGUCUCCACCAUAUUCCGGAUCCGGGGGAGUUCCGUUCCACUCACUCCCAGCAGGGGGGUACUGUUCAGCAUGUUCUUUUUGUGCCUGUCGUGCCUCCAACCCUUCCUACGGCCAGGUUCUGGCUCCUCCAUUGGGGCGCCGCGGCGGUCGUUACCUUCGGCCACUCGCCCUUUAAUUGGGAGGUUGUUUCCGCUCACCUCCGCACUCUGUUUCAAGGUGGCCAACUGCCGGAGCGGUGCCCAACACUUGCCUAUGCUGGCCAGUUUUAUGCCCCUGGCACAGUUCUGCCGGAUUUCCCCUCGGAUGCUUUUAUCCAGAUUUUAGUUGGGGCCCUGGAGCGGCUACCUGGGGACGAUGACCCCUGGAACCCGGAGCCUUUUGUUGUCGAAAGCCCUUACUUUCGUCAUAUCCCCAGUCGUGGUCCUGCGCUUGAACCGGCCAUUGUUCUGGAUGGUCAUGGCCACAGGUUGGCUGCUGGAACUCUGCAAACUCCUCUGGUCGAUCAAGGUGUUCAAACAGACCUUUCCGGCAAUGGCACUGGCCUUGAUCAUGCCACUGUCUCCAGGGUGCAUCACCUCUCCCAGGAGCUCUCGUUCCACACUGCUCGGCUCUGGGCCGGCCUCGCCGAACCUGAUGCCGAGCCGGCAGGCGAUAACCCACCGGUCCUGAGACUCUCCUCCCAGAGUGCAUGCGCGGCUGAUACCUCUACGGCCGAUCUUUUGGAUCUCAGCGAUGCAUCAGGUUCUCAGGCUAUGUGCGGACUGCCGUGGGUAGCUUUGCUGCUUCUCGGCGUUCAGGCCAUUAAUAUGUCAGCGGCGGACUGGGCCCCCGCACCCGUUGUGCGACCAGCCGGCCCUCCCCCGCCAGAACCGGUGAAUGCUCCCUUCCAACCUCACAUGCUGCUGACCUCCAAGGCCUUCGGUGCGGGAUCCGAACACUUGCAGCCGCGAUCCCACUUGGCCGCGGCUGGGCAGGUUUGGUGCUCCUCCAGCCCCAGCCCGAUGCCAGAGCAGUUCAUCUCAUUGGCUGCCCUCAGGGCCCUGCGCUUGGAUGGCACUGAAUAUGACCUUCGGCCGCCUGAGGUCCAGGAAGGCCAAGCUAGCAGGGACCCUACUGCUGCCAGAGGAACGGUGAGUGCGGGCGAGCGAGAUGGCAGCCCCGCUGACGAAUCCUCAGCCAUCGCUGCUUCACCACCUCUCUGGGAGACUCCCCACUCGCAAGUCUGGGCGCAGUUCCGCAAUGAUGACCCGGGUUGGGCUGAAGACUUCUUCCCCGUUUGGCCGGGGCCGGCAUUCAAUGAACUGUCCAUCGUCCCGAUUGGACGUGAUCCAGCACUGGUCACAUUGAUGCUCAUCUGGCGGGGCCACCACCGGGCCACAAUUGUUCCCCGCACGAUGACCGUGGACUGGAUUACGUCCUUCACGGCCAGACAUAUCAACAGUGCUGUCGGGGGUGUGUCUCUUCCCCACGGGCUUGCCGUCUGCGAACUUUUUGAUGUUCCACCUGCCGCGUUUAGGUUCCGCAACGGGGACGUCGUGUAUGUACAUGAUCCACCGGAUGACCCCGAUGAGCCACUUGAACUAGUGGAGCCCUGGCAUCUACAGGAUGGCCUGGCCGCACAUCACGCCCCUUGGGCGGUCGGAUUUCAGCUUAUGUUCCCGAUUUCAGUCCACUUGCUGCGACCUGAAAAACCGCCCUUGCUCACCACCAUACCGGCUGGCGAAUCUUGGUGCCCUGAAGCGUUCUCCUUUUCAGGUGAGUUCCAGCACCAUUUUCCGGGCAUGUGGACACCUGUCCAAUGGACGAGUGCCCGCGCCCUGCAGCUUAUGGAGGUCAACGGGGUUGCUGCCCGAGUCAAUGUUGUCGCGGCCACGCCAGAGGGCCGACUAUGCCGUACUGUCGAUCGCAUUGCCUCCCGGCACAGCGUUGCUGACCAGCUCCACUUCUGCCCAGAUUCGAUACAGGUUGGCGGCGUGCCUGCCUAUGCCUUGGAACAGGCCUGCGAACUCAGGAACGGUGAUGUGGUGUUUGGGGCAUUUGACCGGAGUGCAUGCCCUCGUGGCCCAGGCUCACCGAGCUGGUGGCUCGGUGUGGCCCUCUCAGCCUUGCAUCUGAACCAGCAGCGGCAGAUGCGACUGCCUCUCCUUGUGGGUUGUACCCUUUCCUAUUACGCCGGUCUCAGAGGCCAACAUGCCAUUACUCCUUUUCACGAGCCUCACACUGCCGCUGCACCUAGCUGCCAGACCCUAGUCGGAGGGUCCUUCUGCUCUGCCGAUGAGGAUCCUCCCUGGAGUGGCAUUGACCUGGGCUACACCCCAUCUGCCAUGGGGGGCCCGCAGUCUUGGUGGCGGGGCUCUCUUUGCCGCCCCAUCCUUCCUGGUGUCUCGGCCGCCCUCCUGUUUUCCGGCCUACGAGGCAUGGCCCUUCUGACUGCCACCGCGUGUAUCCCUGCUUCUAGAGCCAUGCUUCAACAAGCGUCCGCCUCGUCAGCCACCGUCCCGGCUGCUGCAGCUCCUCGCGUCACUGUUACGGUUGCUAACCCUUUUGCCCCUUGGAAUCGGGUUGAAGCUGACCCGCGCAACCUCUUCGACGAUGUCGUCGCUGAUGCGCAUCACACUUUAGCAUCUUGGCAUCAGGGUUUUGCGGCUACGGGACUUGUCUUGGACAGCACCCAGGUUGUUGUUCCCUUACCCGGGCGUCGUCUGGUCUGCUUGUUGGUGCAAGGCAUGGGUCAGCUGCUGUGCGUUAUCCUGCCAGCCUUCAUGACCCCGCGGGAUCUUACGCAAGCCAUUCAAAUGCGACUUGGCAAACGAGUCUGCGUCAGCCUGUCACCUGGUUAUACAGUCCGUCCUGCUUCAAGCCACGCCUGUCGCACUGCCACUGUGCGCGACGGCGACUGGUGGGUCCACUCAGCGGCCGUUGGGCUGCUCGGGCGCCAUCUCUCCUUCCCGGCACAGCUUGCCUGGCUUCUCUACAGCCUUGCCGCCCAUGCCUGGGCUGGUUCUUCGAGCUGCCCAAGUGUUGACUCCUCCGAGGCUCGAACCAUCCGCACCCGCCGGCGACCCAGCCGUAGUCGCUCACCGGGUUCACAGUGGCCGGGACGGUUCUUCCCUCCUCGAGUAGACCUUAAUGAUGGUGAGCCCUACGUUCCGCAGAGUGGCUGGCGACCUGACGCCCCAGACGGCCCACUCGCACGCUACUUUCCGGGGCCUCGGCCGCAGACUGCCAGAGUCCUUUGCCCCCUGCGGGGUUGGAGCGAGCUCUUGUUCAUUAAUCUGGCCGGCACCUGGCGGGAAGUUGAGCAUGAAGGUGCUCGGCACUGCGGUCUCUGGUCGCGCAGGUUCUUUCCGGUGCGUGCUGUGCUCCCCGUCUCGCAGCUCACUCUCGCUCCUGUGGCCCCCUAUGGCCUCGCUACAGUUGUCUUUCACAUGGAAAGUUGCUCAGCCGUGGCUUUAGCGUCUGUUGACUCCAGUUUGGUUGACCUCCAGCGGCUCGCCGCUCGGGUAUUCACGCACGCUCGCUACUGGCGAGUGGUUGCGCCACCUGUGUUACGCGCGGCCAACCCGCACACCCAUCUCAGGUUGCGUAAUGGUGACGCCUUUAGUAUUGUUCCUGAACAAUCUCAGCCAGAGGCCACCCGCUUCCCUCUGCUGCAGUAUCCCUCCCUCGAGCGGGCCCGACAAGUUGCCAGCUGGUCUCUUCCUUUUCGGUUUGACUCUGGUGGGCCAGUAGUUCUCUGGUUUUCUAAUCGCCGGCAAGGGCACUACAUAAGGAUUAGGGAUACGGGCUACUGGGACCCUGAAGGCCCCACCUUUUGGAGCCUUAACGGGGAGGCUUUGUCAGGUUCAUGGGUCCCGGUUCUAACGGGUGACCUGUCGAGUCUUCACUUGGUGCACCAAGCUUCCGUUGGUGAGGCGCACGUUCUCUUCCUUCUGCCGCCGGACCUCAUGCCACAGGGCCGGCGGCUCGCGGGCUGCAAUGCUUAUCGUGCCCCUCCAGGGUGGCGACUUCUGCCCGCUCUGCAAUAUGUUCGCGCUGACAGCCCUCUUCGAGACGGCGAUGUGCUAGUCAUCGACCCAGACGCCAGCGUGGUGUGGGACCCCUUCGGCCCUCUUCCCUCGGUGGCCGCAGAGGAGUCUCAUUAUGAUUGGCCCUCCUGCUCGUCGCCUUCUGGGAUACGAGGGGCCGGUUGGCUUGCCUUUCUUGCGGCCGCUGCUCGAUGGCCCCGUUGGCUUACUCUCGCUCUCCUUUCUCAUUGCGUGUGUGGCAUGGUCCCGGUCCUGGAGGUGCCGGAUAGGCCCAUUCGCACAGGCCUGUACCCAUGGCGAGCCAAGUCCGGUGAGGAGGAUCUUGUCGACCUCUCUCCUGGCACUGAGAUUGACGUUGUGUAUCUCAGCCCUUUCACUGGUCCGCGGGAAGCUGGACGUCUCCCCACUGUGUCCACACUUGAGGAUCUGAGCUCGCUUGCGCGGGCGUGCGACCCUGAAUGGGCUGCUGAUGUUGCGCCGGUGUGGCCCACAGCGGCCAUCCCUGCCCUGCUUGUUGUGCCCCGGCCCCUCUCUCUCGAUAUGGUGUGUCUCGCCAUAUCGUCCUUGGAUCAACACUUUUCCAUCCUGACUCCGUGUGUCACUUCAGUGUCAUGGCUCAGUUUUGCUCUACGUUUUCUGCAGCCUAUGCAGACCCUGUCCGUGCGAGCUCCCAGCCCUCUCACUGCUGAGGCCACCACGGAUCAAAAUGUUAGAUGGCGCUCAGGGGACCUCGUUGUUGCUCUUCCGCCCGCCGCCUUUGUGCCUGAGUAUCAACCGCCCUGCUUCCACUCUGACACUCAAGUGCGUCAUUGUGCCAUAUGGUCGGUUGAUUUUUCAGUUUCCUUUAGAGCGAACUUCGUUCUGUGGCAACCGGGCGUCAGGGCCGUUAGGGGACAUGCCCCCGCAGGAGCUCGCUGGCAGGCACUCGACUUCACCUUCGAAGGUGAAUUUCGCCAACAUUACCCCGGUCGCUGGGUGCCCGUCCCCUGGAUUGCCCAGGACCACACGCAUCUCGUCCUGCUCCCUGAGGACCCAUCCCGUGCCAAUGUGGUGGUGGAAGCGGAUGGUCAAUGCUGGUGCGCCUCCAUCACUGCUGUCACAGAUGCGUGGCAACUGUGGACUGAACUGCCGACUGUUUCCGGUCAACCUCGGGUCCUCGGUGUCUCUCAUCACGAGCUCAGGCAGGGUACUACCCUACGCAGUGGCGAUGUGGUGUCCGAGGCCUCCGGACGCUUUGCACCUUGGGUCGUUUUCAGUUUGAUCGGGGUGUCUGGGUGGCGUACUGCCGGGACUAGCGCUGUUCUCCUCGCUAUUGGACUCGCUUUGGGACAUCCUGUCUGGGCUACUCGCUAUACACUGGCGCUGCCCCGAGCUCCUCUCUGGACCUGUACGCAGAGGGCCCUCUUUCGCCAGACUGUUACCCUACCUGCCAUCGGCUGUGGGAUCCUGCUUGUGGGGUCCUUGGACCCUCGACUUGUUGACUGGGUUCCGGUGCCCUCUGACCCGAUGUUCGCCACCGUCCUUCUUCAGUGCCCACCUGCCACCCGGGCUGCUUUCCUUCCAGCUACGUGCGCCGCUGCCGAUUUGCUCCGAGCCUGCAAUCGAAUUGUCCGGGACCUGUCUCUCAUCUUGGCACCCCCCGAAAUUUGGUGUGGGACAGCUACCUCACUGAACCCAACUCUUUUUCUCCGGUCCGGCGACGUUCUCACUCUCGCUGGAGAGACCUGGGCUCCUCGCCUCCGCUCGCCGGCCGGGCGUUACUGGGACACGCUGCUCCAGGCGCGUCACUUCGCCUUCUGGGGAAGCCCUUUCAGCAUACGCCAACCUGGGCUCCUGUUUGCCUGGUCACCCGGUGACCCAGUCCCACUCACUGUGCCCACGGUCCGUGACGAACAAUGGGACCCCGUGCACUGCACAUUUCGGCCCUCCCUUGCCCGUUUCAGUGUCACUCGAUGGAUUCCUGCACAGCGGCUUGAUGACCUCGGUCUUCACCUUGUCCCUGAGAGCCCGAACCUGCACCGUGCGCAUGUUCUUCCCGCACAGCCUCCCCUGCGCGUCCAGGUCGUUCCGCGACAAGGGGCGAGUGGCCUGCUGCGUGACGGAGAUAGCAUCUCUGGCUGUCGACCAACCCCGUCCCUUCUCCUUCCCCACCUUUUAGUUGGGGGUCUGCUCCCGGGAUCUCUCCGGCGGCUUUGGCUUGCUGCCCUUGGUCUCGGGCUCCUGGCAAGCUACGGCCCGCCGGCCGUCCCAGCUCACCCGCUCUUUCCCCGUGCAGGGGCCCUCUCAGGAGACUGCCAUGCUCCCACGUUUGAUUUUGGCCUCCUGUUCCGUACCUGCUGCUAUCUCCGCGCUCGGGGCGCGCCUGUUUGGAGCAGCACUGAUGGAAUCUCGUGGUCGGCCGAUGUUCAUGAAGAAUGCGUCGCCCAGGCGUCCAUACACCAACUCUGGUGGUCUCAUGAGCUUUACCCGUUUCUUCCCGCAUCCGCCCCUCCACCAUACCGUCAGGCUUUCUGCAACUUCCCGCUCUGGCACGGUGGAGUGCCUGACCAGGUCUUCAUUGCCACUGACGGCAGCGGCGAGCAUGGAGGGGCAUGGGCCUUUUGUGUGUGGGCCUGGUGGCGCCAUCGAUGGUACCGCGUCGGUUGGUUUGGGGCCUCUGGCUAUCAGCUCCCCUGGACCCCCGACCUGCCGCCCUCGGCAGGCGGCCUCUCCUUCCACACUGAACUCUCGGCCUUACAGGCUGCCGGACUCUGGCUUAUUGCCUGGGUUGACCGCCUGUCCCUUCUCACAGCCUCUGCCCCUACCAAGGUUACUGUUGCGGUCGAUAACGCUGCGGCACUUCAAAUCGCAGCAGGGCAGGCCCAAGCCGCAGCACCUGCCACCACCACCACUCGGUAUGUUUGGCAGGCCGUCCAAGCUCGGCUCUCCACACGGUUCCAGCAUGUCCAUAGCCAUGUCGGAGUGCUCCCAAACACCUUCGCGGACUUCCUUGCCGGCUGGUCGGGCCGAGUCUCCUGGCAACCCAUGCAAAACGCGGCUCCGUGGCUGUGGGUCAUCCCGCAUGCUCGUGUCGUUGAGGGUCGGCCGUGUAUUUGUUUGGUCUCUCAGACCAUUUCAUGUGCCCCUGCUACUGAGGCUGGUGACGUGCUCCCUCCUGUCGAAGAUACCUUGACAUCCACUGAGGCCGCUGUUCCACCGGGCCGUCCACCUGCCGAUUCUCCCAUCCCUUUGCGCUUGGUCACAGCCAAUGUUCAAACGAUGCGCGACUCCAACGCUUCAUUUUUCAAUCCCUCAGGGCAUGGUCAGCGGCGCCAGUACCUUUACUCCCAGGUUGCUACCUUAGGCCUCGACGUUGUCUGCCUGCAAGAAACUCGCAGCAAGGGUGGCCGUUGGGACACAGCCGGCCUCCUCACGUGGCGCUCUGGCGCGCAGAAAGGGAGCUAUGGUUGUGAAAUCUGGAUAAGGCCUGGCAUUACCAAUCCGCCCUUGCGGCUCGAUGACUGGCGCAUCGCUAGUGCUGACCCUCGUCUUCUCGUUAUUGUCAGCAAGCGUGAGGACUUACCUCUUGCUGUCAUCGCCGCCCAUGCCCCCCACGCUGAGCGGCCUGCUUCUGAGAUUCACCACUUUUGGUCUUCGUUGCACUCGUCCCUGUGCCAGCUGCCCCGGGCCCUGUCUCUUGUUCUCGGCCUGGAUGCUAACGCUGACCUCCUUUGGGCGGACGAAGACCAUGCCUAUAUAGGCGACUGUCUGGGCAACAGUGAGGAGGGUGCUGGCGAGCAAGGUCUUUUUGACACCAUCCAGCGCUUCGGUCUUCUUGCACCAGCUUCUUUCUCCGCCAUCCAACAGGGCCCGGGCUGGUCCUGGGAGCAUACGGGCGGUACUCGGAAGCGGCUUGACCACCUCCUGCUUCAGGCGGGUCCAUGGCAGUGCACCCGAGCCCGGCAACUCCCCGAGCUGGACAUUCUCAACGGCCGCAGAGAUCAUAUGCCUCUCCUCGUUGAAUGCUGUCUUAAACGACAGGCGACACUGGCCAGACCCCCCGGGGCAUCCAAUCGAGCUACCGCCCAGCAAGCACAGCUUAUUGCUGCUAGCCUUUGGUGCGAGCUCCCAUCUCCCGUGCGCAGCAUCGCUGAGGUUGGACAGGAGAUCAGGGAUCUCAAGGCUAGGCACCUCCGCCUCUUGAAGGCCCUCCCGCGAGCUCCUCGGCGGCCUGCCCGCCAGCCCUACAUCACUGCUGAGUCUGUCGCCGCCCUGGAUGUUGUGCGGCAGGCUCGCGAGCAACUCCCGCGCCUCCGCAAUAAUGUCGAAUGGCAGAAACGGCGCUUUCUUCUACUCGUGUGGCGCUGGAGUUGCGCCAGGGGACGAUCCGAUACUGUUGUCCCUCGCCCAGACCCCACCGGGCUUCAACAUGCCAGGUUGCUGUUACAGGCCUGUAAUCUGCACAUCCGGGGUCUGCAGCAGAAGGCACACUAUCUAGCCCGUUCUGAUAAGCUUGCCCAUUUCCGCACCCUUACCCUUGCUGCCACCCAGCAUUGGGAAUCCACAGGCAUUCCUUUGGAAUCUAUCCGGCAUCUUCGAUGGGCCUCUCGUAAGGCCCAUGACCGUCGGGCUGUGCACGCCGCUGGCGGUUUCGACAUCGACCGUGAGCUUGAAGCACAAUUUCGUGACCAGGAAGGCGCCCGCCUCGUCUCUCCUGCACAGCUCUCACAAACAGCCGAGCAGUGGCUCUCUGUCGAUGCCACUCGCUCCCCGUGCCUCGAGGCAGUUCCUUCACUGCUCCAAAUGGAGCAAAUGUGCAUCCGACAGGCACCAGCUAAGGCACCAGGACCUGACGGCCUGCGGAACGAGCUCUGGCGGGAACAUGGAGCCCUUGCCGGUCAAUGGCUUUGGCCACUCUGCACCCGCAUUGCGCUUCAGGGCCGAGAACCCUUCGAUUUCAAGAAAGCCAUCGUCUGCGUCCUCUACAAAAAGGGCCCGGCAUCAGUGCCUGCCAACUACCGUUCCAUCGCCCUCCUUAACGGCAUCGCUAAGCUGUGGCACUCACACCUCCGCACCACGGUCGGUGGGCAUGUGCUGUCUCGUUAUGAGCCCAUGCAGCUAGGAGGGCGCCGUGGCGUCCACACUGGGUUUGCACUGGCCGCUUUCCGAUGCGCCUGGGACCUUUCCGUCGCUGCGGGGCGGUGCGUUGCUGUUGUCUUUGUCGACAUCCAAGCCGCUUACUAUGAGGCUAGCCGAGAUCUUCUUUUCGAUGGCUUCCCUGACGAUGUCGAUGUCCCGGAGCACCAUCACCUUGCUGGACUUGUGCUCCAGCUUCAUGGUCAGGGGGCUCUCUCCGCUCUUGGCGUUGCUGAGGAUGUCAGCGCGCUCCUUCGGGAUUGUGUUGCCCUAUCCCACUGGUCGCUCUCCGGGUCGGACAACAUUUUCCUGGCCUCCCGAGGCUCCCGUCCCGGAGACGGCCUAGCUGACGUCCUGUUCGGCGCCCUAUUUGCCAUCGGGCUGCAACACAUCCAGCGCACUGCUUGCUCCAUGGGCAUCUCGCACACCAGUGCCGGGGUCGAGAUCGGCCUUGAGCCAGGCGUUAAGCCGAUUGGCUGGGCUGACGACCUUGCCGUCCUUGCGGACUUUGAUAGUCCUGCCGAGCUCCAAACACAGCUCCCCCAACUCACCGGUGUCAUUCUUGACACCCUCCGGUGCUUGCGGUUCCGGGUCAACCUUGGGGCAGGCAAAACCGAGGCCCUUGUCGAUAUUAGGGGAGACGGCGCACGCGCUGCACGCGGCGCCUUGCUCAGCGGCGACGCCCUUUUGGAAGUUUCCAAAGGUGACAGCAUUCGCCUUUGCCCUGAGUACAAAUACUUGGGUGUAGCCCAAUUGCCUCGAGACACCGGCAGGCGUGACUGCGAGCUGUCGGCACAGCGGGGGUCAGCGGCGGCGUCUCUUGCCCGAACCCUGCUUUGCAGCAAUUGUCUGCCUUGGGAACUGAAACGAGCCUGGAUUACCGGCCGCGUUCUCCCCUCAGCUUACUCCUCCUUGGCCUUCUCGCGCGCUGACUCCGCCCGGGCUGCUGCGCCAUUGGCUGGACUCUUUGAACGCACAGCUAGGAUCCUGUUGUCAUCCUGGCAAGUCGGUCACAAACUUACCACCCCUUUGCUUCGGCUUCUCGCUGAUAUCACCCCUCCUGACCUUGCUACCACUGUUAGCCAGUGCCGCCUUUGCGUGCAACUUUUCUGCAAGGCUCCUGCGGCUGUCAGGGAAAUUGUCGAUGCUGCGUGGAACCGGGCAAUCCCUUGGUGUCAGGCCCUCGUCCUUGCCUGUUUGCGAGUGGGAGUCGCCUUAGACUCCUGGGACCCCGCCGCUCCCCCCUCCAUCACUGUCCUGUUCGUUCAGCAGAACGGACGCGCUCUCCUUCGAGCGUGCAAGGCUCUGAGCAAAUUUGGGCACAGGUACGCUGCCUGCGCACAGCUUUGGGCGGAUCUGGCCUCCCGUCGCACCACCAAGAUCCUAGGUGCGCCACAAUCCCACAGUUGCCCGGUCUGUCGAGGAGUUUUCCCGAGCCUUCAUGCAGUACGAGCUCACAUGCAUCGGAAACACGGCGUCCUGUCUGAUGUGACUGCCUAUAUGGCGGGCUCGGUUUGUCUUUGGUGUAUGCGAGACUUCCAAUCCUCGGAUCGACUGAAGCACCACCUUCAAACGCAGCGCUCCUGCCUGCACGGCCUGCGCGUUACAGUCGGCCCUGUCUACCAGUACGGCUCGGGCACAAAACGUUCGGGUCGCGCCAGCCACCGGGGAGUCCCUCCGCAGCGCAUCUGCGGGCCUUGCAAUGCCACCCCAGCGCAGAGACGGGCGGCCGACCUUGGGGUGCCGGCCGAUGAUGCUGCCCUGCAAGCUGAGUGGGACGCUGUUCAACGCUCCCCUGCCCUCUCGGACCUUGUCCCCGGCAACCUGCAUCGUCCUUCUCCCUUGUCGCCUUCCGACGAUGUUUUCGGCGCACAGCAGGCUUGCCAUAUCUCCGCUGCACGCGGUUCCUCCCCCACGUCCCUUGCCUCCCAGCAUUCCCGCUCGGCCACUGUCGAUGUGGCCUCUCCUGUGCAACACCCUUUGCAAUGGUUCUCCGUUGUGGAAGGGGCUGCUGGCUGUGACGACUGGGCUCUUCCCUCGCCCUGGUGGCCUGGGCUUCUUGGCCUUGGAGGUGUUUUUCAGCUUCCCUCCUCCUGGCACCGGCUCUGGCCUAUGUGGUCCGCGCUCGAGUUCUUCGAACCUUGGGAGCAUCGGGCCAUCCGUCGCUUUGGUGUUCUGCGCUCCGCCUCUUCGUGUGGGUUGGGCGCAACAGCCACCCUUGCUGAUGCCACUGCUGGCAAGUGGUCUCUUUUGGAGUUGGCCGCUGCCACGGUAUCCUUCCGUAUGAUCUGCAAGGCUGUCCUCCGCAGCGGUGCCCUCUGGCUUUGGGGGCGCCCCAGCAAUUCGGGCCUUGCCCUGCUGCGCCGCUUGCUCCCGGCGGCCUUCUUCUUGGACUUCCUUUCGCCGAGGGGACGGGUCUUCCUUGUCGCUAGCUCUGCUUCCUUGGCCUCCCUUGUGCGUGCAGUCAUUGCUCGCCCUGCCUGCUCGGCCCCGGCCUCGCUUCCUUUGCGAGCUUUCUGGGCCUAUCCGGCAGCAUGCUCGCGGUUGGAGCUUACAAGCUCAGAACGCAAGGUGUUCGAGCACAACGAUCUCAUCAACAACCGGAUGGCCGUCUUGACAAAGGCCAUCCGGGAGGGCCCUUUGCAGCCUGCGGCCCGUUGGCCAAGCCGCAGGGCUUCCUUGCCCGCCCGGCCGGCUCCAAGGCCGUCCGAUGACUUCUCUGCGGCGCAGAGCCAAGAGCCCUCAUUGCUGUUGGAGCGCUGCCAGCGGCUGGAACAGCUUGUCCGGGAGCUGAAGCAGGAAAACCAGAAUCUCCGUGAGCAGACGAAGGCACAUGCAGCUGCACCGGUGGAGGACCGCGGGCCUGAACAGUCUGCUGCUUCCGCAGUGACGGCGGCCGACAAAGCCGCAGGUCACGACUUUAUUGGCUCAAUGCCCAGCACCACACCCACUCGGAAGACUUUUGCAGGCUACGUGCAGGAGAAGGAUGAACCUGGUGCUGCACGUGAACCGAGCUCGGGGCUGUGGGCCAAAGCCAGGAAUGUCGUUUCUGCUUCUGCUGCCCUCGAAGACAGCCUAGAGGUGCCCAAAGGAAACGUCUGGAGCGUGAGCUGGGCUCCCUCCGUGGCGAGCUGGCCAAGUGCGAGAGCAUCGUCGAGCAGCUCAUGGAAGAGAUCGAGGAUCGAGGCAGAGGAGCUGAGCCACGGCAGUCGGAGUCGACUCGCGCGGAAGCGCGGGCCAUCAUCGAAGGAAAACUUGGACGUGAGAAAGAACCCCAAGGUGCCGUCUUGGUGGACGACCUCAAAGACGCACUAA